AAAAAUACGAAAUACAUCGUUACGGUGCUGCUGAGAGAGAGAGAGAGAAUCAGAGAGCCCUCAAAGAUUUGUGUAAGUUGUUUGCCUCGUAAUAGCUGAAGAAGAUACAGCGAUUGAUUGGAACAAAACCUAACUUCGAUCAUCAUCCGUAGAUCAUCAUCAACCUGAAAAAGUGAAACAAAGAGAAAAAGAUUCAUCAAAUACUACUUUCAGAUAUUUUGAAUGGAUAAAGGGAAAGGAGUGGUAAUGAAUCGAAGAUGGGCUAUCGAUUUCACUGACAAUUCAACUGUUCCUUCAUCUCGCGACAUCCCUGAUCCCCCUGGUUUCUCUCGUGCUCCUCUCGAUCAGGAUGAUUCAACGUUGAGUCGCCAAAAGAAGGAUGCUGAAGCUAAUUGGAAAUCUCAGAAAGCAUGGGAAAUGGCACAAGCCCCUUUCAAGAAUUUGCUAAUGAUGGGCUUCAUGAUGUGGAUGGCUGGAAGUACAGUGCAUUUGUUUAGCAUUGGUAUCACAUUUUCAGCUCUUUGGCAACCGAUAAGUGCUCUUCAAGGAGUCGGGAAAGUUUUUGCGCCUUACAAGGACAGUAAAGUAGAUCUUCUUGCACCCAAACUACUGUUCAUCGCCCUCAAUUUGGGGGGCUUAGCACUAGGUGUAUGGAAGCUUAACUCAUUGGGUCUUCUUCCAACCCACGCAUCAGAUUGGGUUUCAUCCUUAUCCCCUGCUCAGGAGAUUGAGUAUUCUGGCGGGGGUAUGCCUUUGCAUUAAGGUGCUUGAUCAGUUUGACUCCACAUGACGUGAAUGUAACGUAGAAUUGAAGUUGAUGGGGCAUGGUUUGCGGCAUGGAAGCUUCACUGAUGUUAUUGGGGCAUGGUUUGCUCGUUAUGAUUUCAUGGACCGUAGAACUCUUUAUCAUUUGGGCAUGAAGUAACUUUGUAGUGUCUUCAAUGGCCCGUGACUUAUCUUUUAUUAUAUUUGUGUUUACACUUCCAGUGAACAGAUAUUGUCAGCACAAAAACUAGUGUUCUUUGAAACAAGUUGCUUGAAAAUUCAAAUUAAGAUACGGGAAAUGUGAUAGUUUGGAAACUGUUUUGAAACUGGACAGGAAGUUUGUAAUCCACCUUGGAAUCUAUUGUUGUGGAAGUACUAGAAUUAUUUAUUAACUUGUUUAGAGGUUUUUUUUCAGGUA